AUGCCUUUAUUCUCUCACUUCUAUACGCUCUGGCUUUUUACCAAGAGCGAUUUCAAGACGGUCAUCUUCCCUACAACUGCAUUCGCUAUUUUCAAUACUUUCUCUGGCGGAUUCACCGAAAAUGAUAACGACUCAAAGGAUGGUCAACGUCUGCAUUUUGCCUCCCGGAUUCUCAUAGCGGUGAUAUGGACCUGGCUCCACCUGCUCAUGGAAAAUAUCGCCAACCAGAGACUUCCACACGCUAUCUUAGAAGACAGAUUGAACAAGCCAUGGCGGCCUAUAUGCAGCGGGAGGGUGAAUGAAGAGGGGGCGCGCCACCUUCUCUUAGUCACUAUAACUCUUUCAUGCGGCCUCUCCUUUGCCCUUGACAUCCUCGGUCCAUCGGUGGCUCUAGUAGUUUUCACUUAUAUGUAUAACGAUCUCGGCGGUGCGGAUGAUAGUAUUCUUCGCAACGUCCUGAAUGCGUGUGGCUUACUGUCCUUUGGGGCUGGUGCGACUGCCAUUUGCGGUGGUAGCGGCUUUCGUGCGGCGCCAUUGACAUCGCUGGCUUACGGUUGGUUCAUGGUCGUUGCAGCCACCAUCACCACCACGGUCUCAGUGCAAGACUUGGAGGACUGUGAGGGCGAUCGUGCUAGGGGACGACAGACGUUACCUCUUGUCCUUGGCGAUGAACCUACUCGCUACAUACUCUCAGCCCUUAUUAUUGCUUGGACUACUAUCUGUCCUAUUUUCUGGAACGUAUCCACCUUGGCAUAUAUUCCGCCUCUGCUAUUUGGCCUUGGUCUUAUAUUAAACUUACUGAGAAGGCGUCACCUGAGUGCCGAUAAGGUGUCAUGGAGAUUAUGGUGCGUUUGGAUGAUGGUAUUGUACUCAUUACCUUGUUUGCAAGGUGAUCUCCGUUCAUGGUCAUUCAGUUCUCUUAAUGCAUUGCUGCAGUAUUGA